AUGAAGAUUGGCUGGUUAUUGAUAACGAUUUGCUCAGGUAUUAUUACAAAAUGUAUAAACGCUCACUCAUCGCCUUAUCAGAAUGCAAAUGAAUCUGCUAUUGACGAUGCCUACUUCCUCGUUUUGAUCAUCCCGGCAGUCUCGGUUGCGAUUGUUCUAGUUGUCGUUAUCUUCUUGUGUUGUCCAAGACAACAAAUUCGGAGCGACAAUGUCAUAAAAUUGGAAGAAGGUGUUAAUGAUGUGAUUGAGGAAAAUGUGACACACGUUGUAUCGCUCCGUGAAGCUAAGGUGUCUGGCAUGAUGACGGACUUGACGAGGUUCCGACAGGAGAUUUUCACGAAACAUCUCACGUUCAACUCGAAUCCAGAGUCAAUUGAUGCGGCGACGAAGAAUGUUCAGAACGUGAAACAGUCUCUGGACACGUGGCGUGACCGAAUCAAGGAGCGAUUGGACGAGAUUGAUCGGCUUUGCACUGAAGAAGGCGACUCGUUGACACCGGAGCAGUAUAGUGCGUUGAGAGAGAUGAGAAGACAACUUGCCGAUGAAUAUGAUACGGUUUUGAGGACUGUCGAGGGUAUUCACACGAGACUCAAUAUCCUGUCUGCCUUGCUCAUUGAGUUCUCAUCAGUGACGUCAUCAAUGCAAUCAUGGAUGACUGAUAGAGCACGUCUUGCUGGAGACAUCCGUCACAAGUCUGGAGACCCUAUGAGAGUUGAUGAAGCUCGAUUUGAAGCCAAAUCCCUGAUGGAUGAAGUUGUUCGGGAAGAGUCGCGGCUCAAGACGAUUGGAGCAUCGGUGCUCAAAAUUGAGCAGGAGAUUUCAGCGAUGCGGGAUGACGUGAGAGCCAGUAGAUCGACGGAUGAUGUUGGAAUUUCGAUGGAUGAGGUUUACGAGAAAAGGCGACGAGUUGAAGUUGAUUACAUGCAACUUCUUCGUCAGUGCCAGGAUCUCAUUUCGCUCCAAAUUCGACUUCAUGCGAUGAAUGAUGAGCAUGCUGAGCAAGCCCGACGAGCUGAGGGGUGGCUUCAAAUGCUCAAAAAUGAUGUGGCGGGUGUAGCAAAGGAUCCGAGAUUCAAGAAGGAUGAGGAUCUAAUUGAAAGAGAUGAGGAGCUGAAUCGAAUGGCUGCAGGUGGAUCAGGUGGUCCAACGUCGAGACAAUUGGCAAUGAGAGAAAAAAUCGAACAGAGAGAAAGGGAAGAGGAAGAAUGGCGACGAAAAGCAAAGGAGAAAUUUGAAGAGGAAGCAGCCAAGAACAGAGCCAGAGAAAGAAAGUGGGCAGAAGAGCACGGCUUCAAUCGCCCAAUAAGAACCCGAUCGCAGAAAUAUGCGGAACAAGAUCGAAUCCGAUAUGCGAGAAAAAAAGCAGCGCUGGAACAGUCAAAUGAACAAUCGAAUGAAUCAACGGAUGAUGCAGUUGAAUCCGAUUCUGACGAUGUUCCGGCUCCCCAGUCUCCACCGACACCGUCACCUGCUGAUCCGGGUCCGACAACCUCUUCAUCGUCACUCACUCAAGACCCCGCCUCAAACGCCACUGGAUUCUCUGAUGUUCCGGCUCCCCAGGCUCCACCGACACCGUCACCUGCUGAUCCGGGUCCGACAACCUCUUCAUCGUCACUCACUCAAGACCCCGCCUCAAACGCCACUGGAUUCUCUGGCUCUUCACCACCAAAUUCAUUUGAAGAAACUCGUAUGAUGUGUGAGGACGCAUCAGAUGGAAAGAAAAUCGACGAAACGAGAAAAUACAGAAAUAAUCGAUCUUCAAAGUGCCGGGCUAUCAUAAUUAACAAUGUGGUUUUCUGUGGAAUGGAAAAGCGAAUUGGAAGCGACAAAGAUAAAAAGAAGUUAUCCAAACUUUUCGAACGUUUGGGAUAUCAGUCGACAAGUUAUGACAACUUGAAAUCAUCGGAGAUCCUGGAGACCGUGAGACAGUUUACCCAGUCGAAUCACGGCGACUCGCUCAUCAUAACAAUCAUGAGCCACGGAGAUCAGGGACUUCUUUAUGGUGUAGAUGGUGUGCCCGUUCAGAUGCUUGACAUUAUUGAUCUAAUGUGUACUGCGUCACUUGCGAAAAAGCCAAAAUGGCUUAUGUGUGUGUGCUGUCGAGGAGACAGAAUCGACAGAGCAGUCCGCUGUGAUGGAUUCAUCGACAACUUUUUUGAUCGUUUUCCAAAGUUCUUCCAGUUUAUGAAAUCUAAAUUCCCAUCACACCAAACCUCGUCGUCGCAAGCAGAUUUAUUGGUUUCUUUCUCAACAUCUCCUGGCUUCCUAUCAUUCAGAGAUGAAACCAAAGGCACAUGGUAUAUUCAGGAACUUUAUCGAGUGAUUAUUGAGAACGCGAAAGAUACUCAUUUGGCGGAUCUCCUAAUGGAGACCAACAGACGAGUCGUGGAGAAAUAUGAGGCAGAUAAAGUAGUGAUCGUGUGUAAGCAGGCUCCUGAGUUCUGGUCGAGGUUCACAAAACAACUAUUCUUCGACGUCUAGAAAUGACGUGUUUUGAUGUCAAUGGCCUCGGUGAUCAGUAUGCUCUCAGUACAUGUUUCAACAGUUCUUUCAAUUGUCACACAUUUUUCCCGCUGCUACGAUGAAUUACAAUACCUAUUCAAUUUCCAAUAUCAGAUUUUCUAUCAAUUGUGAUGAUGUCAUGCUAGCCUUAUUCAUAUUUAAAAUACCCGUUUGUCAACUCUUUUGGAUAGUUUAACUAGUCAAUAAAGUGUUUUAUUUGAA